AUGGAUAAUGACAAUGGAGAGCAAUUCCUCCAGAUGGUGGUCCCACUGUUUUCUGAGAGUGGGGUCUGUUUUGCCUUCAUUGAGAAAAUCCCUGAAUUUGCUCUUGGCAGUGAUAUGAAAAACAUUUUGGAGAAAGGGGCAAAAAUACGUGAUAAAAUUGAGGACAGCACAACCAAUGUCUUGGUAGCCAAUGGAGAAUCUUAUCUCAUGGCAUUUUUUAGAUUCUUACCAUACCUCUCAGAAAGAGAACAUGUGACAAAUAAACCAAUUGGUAAAGCACAGCCUCUAUCUGCAUGCAGUGAGAGCUGCAAUCCUGGGUCUAGGAAGAAGGUGAAGGAAGGGGAGCCAUUUUGCUGUUAUGACUGCAUCCCAUGUCCCAAAGGGAAGGUUUCAAGCAAGAAGGAUAUGCAUUACUGUUAUUCAUGCGAAGAUGAAAAGUACCCAAACAAGCACCAGAAUUUCUGCAUUCCCAAGUCUGUUAACUUCUUUUCUUAUGAGGAACCUUUGGGUGUCUUUUUAACCAGUUUUAUUACUUUCUUCUGCCUGAUCACGGCUCUGGUGCUGGGAAUAUUUCAGAAGCAUCACAAGACACCAAUCAUCAAAGCCAAUAACCGGCACCUCACCUACACUCUCCUCGUCUCCCUCCUGCUCUGCUUCCUCUGCACACUCCUCUUCAUUGGCCAGCGGCACCAGGUGACAUGCCUCCUGCGGCAAACUGCUUUUGGUGUCAUCUUCUCAGUGGCUGUUUCUUGUGUGCUAACAAAGACUGUCAUGGUGGUUUUGGCUUUCAGAGCCUCCAAACCAGGAUCCACAAUAAGGAAGUGGAUGGGGAAGAGUCUGGCCAACUCAAUCGUUCUUUUCUGCUGCCUUAUUCAGGCAGCCAUCUGCCUUGCCUGGUUGGCAACAUCUCCUCCUUUUCCAGAUAUUGACAUGCAUUCAGUGGCUGAAGAAAUCAUUCUGGAAUGUAACGAGGGAUCCAUGGCGAUGUUUUACUGUGUCCUGGGCUAUCUGGGCUUCCUGGCAAUGGUCAGCUUCAUUGUGGCUUUUCUAGCCAGGAAGCUGCCAGACAGUUUUAAUGAGGCCAAGUUCAUCACUUUUAGCAUGUUGGUCUUUUGCAGUGUGUGGUUAUCCUUUGUGCCUUCCUACCUGAGCACAAAAGGAAAAUACCUGGUGACUGUGGAGAUCUUUUCCAUCUUAGCCUCCAGUUCCGGCCUGCUGUUUUGCAUCUUCUUCCCUAAAUGUUACAUCAUUUUGCUGAGACCUGAGUUGAACAAAAAGGAUCUUCUAAUAAGGAGAACAGCUUGA